AUGUCGAAUUCUUUAACUUGCCAUGCAAUUAGCAUAAUAUGUGGUGAAGAGAUUCGUUAUUUUGAAUUAUCUGAGGUUACAUAUGUUAACCGUAUGAAGAAAUUAUAUGUAUGUGUAGGAUUACACUCUUUAAUAUUUGUUAAACGGGAUUUACGAAAAGUGAUAACUAGAGGUUCUAUUCUUUAUGCAGAUAUUGAGGGAAUAUAUGAGGAUACAAAUAAAAAUACUCAGCUUAUUAUUUUUUUUGAUAAUAAGAAUAAUAAUUGGAUAGAUAAUAAAAUUAGCUUUGCAUGUUUAAAUAGAUAUAUUUUGUGCAAUUUUUUGGAGGUAGCCUGGACCACUGACUAUAUAUUUAGAACUGGGAAAUAUCUUAAUCUUCCACGCUAUGAAAUAGAUCUAGGAGCUUUAGAUAAUGAUAUAAAAGUAAAUAAAAAGAAGCAAAAGUAUAUUAAACUAAAAGUUAAGGAAAGAUUUAUGUUAUUAUGGGAUUCAAAUAGAGGGGGUAUAAAUAAUUCACGUAGACGUUCUAAACGUAUUGUAGGGAAAAUUGAUGAAGAAACUAGAACAGAAUUAGAAAAAUUAGUAUCUAAAAACAAAUCAAUUGUUAGUUCAAUACCCCAAUAUCCUGAAAUUAAAGAAUUUAAUGGAUAUAGGAAAUAUGAGUAUGAAGGAUAUUUUUUUUUUGCUAGGAAAGGAUUUGAGAAUAAAGCUACACAGGUUUAUUAUUCACAAACUGGAUCAUAUGUAUCAUUUAAUGGAGUUGAAAUUACGAUUUAUAUUUAUCCAUCCUUAUCCUUUCAUAACAAAAAGCCUGGAAUAACUAAUUUGGGAAGUAAUAAAGCAGCUAACAAAUAUUUACCUAAUGCAACUUCAACAGUUGGAAGCUUACAAAAUGUUGCCCUUGAGUAUAUUAGAUUUCUUUUGAGCUCAUCAAUAGACAGACGUUAUAUAGUAUAUAAAAAUAAUUAUUACUCAAAAAAAAUGAAUCUUUCGGAUGAUAUUUCAACUUGGAUUGGUUGGGAGAUAUACCUGAAGACAUCUAAGAAAGCUAUUGCAUGUAUACUUUUAAGACGAUCUUAUAUUCCCCCUACUUUAGAUUCAUAUCAAGAUAUAGCAAUAACAUAUAGUUGUUACUAUGAUGAUAUGAAAAAGUAUAAUAUUACUGAUAGAGAUUUACUUCGAGAAUGUCGCCAAUCUGCAGAUACUUUUUCUCCUAUUUCUCAACAUCACACAUGGUAUUUAGAGAUUGUUCAAUCACAACUUGAUACACUACUAUAUGAUGAAUCUUCUUAUUUAUGGAUAGGUUCACAUAUCAAACUUUAUCCAAUAUUUCGUGAGAGUGCUAAGCACUUUUUAAAAUCUAUAUUAUUAAUGCUUAAAAGUGCAAAUACUUUAGUUGAUAUGGAACUAUUAGACGAUAUUAACCGCUUAGAUAGAAGUGGUUCUUCAAAAUAUGAUUUAAAUUCAUAUGAUAUAGAUGAAUCUAAAGGAUUACCUGAAACUUUUGAGGAUCCUUUAAAAUUUAUUAAUGAAACACUAGUUAAUUUACCAGGUAUUGAUGUAUUUUCUAAAGAUAAAGGUGAAAAAAGAAAGUUGCACUUAUUUGAAGUGAGAUUCGCACGUUAUUUAUCAUUUUGUAUUGAUGGCGGAUUAUUAGGAGCUCGAUUUGUACUUGAAGAUUUGGUAGCUGCCGUUGGACUGACAGAGCCAAAAAUUGAUAUUAAAUUAAGGCAAGUCUUAGAUUAUCUUCUUCAUGUAAGAUCUAAGAAUAUAGAUGAACCUUAUAAACAAAUUUCUUUAGUAAAGCUAUUGGAGGAUCCUUCAUUUGUAAGAAAUUACUACUUUAUUCCUUCUGUUAUGGCAAGGUUUGUGAGUAGUGGAUAUUGUGCAAGAUUAGUUCCAGCAGGUAAUGAAAUCCUUUAUGUUGAAUUUUUGGCAAAUUUAUUAGUACUACCUAUGGAAUCUUCAUUUGGUUCAAAAUUACAGUUACGAAUAGCAAUUUUACAGCAAAUAUUACAUGCAACAAAAUCUCCCAGUAAGCAUGACUACUAUAUUUGCGCUAUUCCCUUAAUUGUAGAAAUACUAAUAGGGGAUGUGAAGAUAAAUGAUAACAUAGCAGCGAGAUAUGCAGCUGCAUGUUUACUGAAUUUGUGUUUUUCUAAUGACAAUAUAAAAGAGAAAAUGAUGACAUGUGGAAUAUCUUAUGCUAUAAUUCAGAGACUAUCAGUGAGAGAUGACGAUCAAUUGACUAUAUUAUGCUUAUCAUUAGCAAUAAACCUCACAAAAAUUUCUUCACAUAGACGAACCUUUAUUUCUGAUGGCAUUCUAACAAUAGUUGCAGAUAUUUUUCAUGAAGAAGCAAUGUAUAUAAAUAGUCAAAAUUUACUAACAAAUAUAUUGAGUAGUUCUAUAACUGGAGAAGAAACCCAAGAUUUGUCUCCAAAAAAUGAACAGUUGGACCUACUUUCAGUUUUAUUAGGGUUAAUUGGUCAAUUGUUAAAUGAAGAUGAUGUUCGCAAGUUAUUUAUUUCAAAGUGGUGUAUAAUGGACUACAUAUUAUUUUUAUUUCAUGAAUUAGAGAUAAAUAUUCAGUCUAGUCCGGAAAUUAUCUGUAAAUUAUUGUUUUGUCUAAGACAGCUUUGCAUCUCUAAUUGGGCUGCACAAUUCAGAGUAGGUAGGCAUUGCAUAACUUCAUUGAUCAGUAUUUUAUCAACCCAUAUUAAUAGACCAAAGAAAUUAGAUUACUCAGAACAAGUUUAUCUUUACUAUUAUUCAUAUUGGAUUGCAAAUAAUUCUAUAGGAAAUUCUUCAUUCCAAAAGAGUUUAAAUACUCAAAAUAAAGUAGCUAAUAGUCAGUCAAAUAAUAUAGGAGAUGUUAUUUAUAACACUUUGCUUUUACUAGAGAUACUUACCUCCUAUCAUCCCAAUUGUUAUGAAAUGAUCCAUAAUGGAAUAGAGGAUGCUAUAGAAAUAUGCUCAAGCAAUUAUAGUGUAGACACUAUAACUACUAAGUUGAACUUAUUAAAAAAAGUAAUUAACGAGAUUAGUUACAACACAAGUUAG